CUAAUAACAAAUGUUCUGUUUCUGGUUCUGGUUCUGGUUCUGGUUGCAGUGACAGUAACAAAUGUCAAAAGCGUUCCGAAAAAGGCCACUUCGAUAAACACAAAAUAGCAACUCGCACCAGAGCUCAGAAGGCCGUGUCGGAUUUGGAAGCCGAAAGCCGAAAGCCGAAAGCCGAAACCUGAAGCCACAUAAUCGGCCGAAUAUUUAUUUUUUCUUGUGUGACGUUUGGUGAAAGUUUGGAAAUGGCUUUUUCUGGCCGCAAAAACAACUGCGAAAUGGAUUUAACCGAGGAGGAGCUCAAUUAUGAGCAAAAUGACUCGAAUGGAAAUCGCUUGCACGUGCAGGAGCGUACAAUCCCAUUUUUUGGACUCGUCAGUCGCCAAGUUGAAUUUAAUGAGCAGAACCAGAUCCUUCGCGCUACACGCUGGGCAAUUUCGCAGAAUAAUCAAACAGCUGGGCAACGGGACAACUCGAACUCGGACUUUGAUAUUAAAAGCUGGAUGAAGAUGCAGGAUAAUCUGCCAGAACUGGAAAAGAAUAAAUAUAAGCACGAUAACAUCAAACGCUGGGUAAUUUCACAGGAGAAAUACUUACAGCAGAGGUCCAAUGAGAUGCGCCCAUCGAUGAAUUAAUUGAAGACGAAGCUGAGAACAUGUAGAGGCGCGCUGACACUAGACGCGGCUAGAUUUCGGAGGGGAAUUAGUGUGUAAAUUCGAAGACAUCUACAGGGAACAUCCAAUGCCCAUCAAUUAGCACUAAUUAAAUCCUCGUUUGUUGAUGGUUUACACUGGUAUAUGACAAUGUUU